AUGGAAGAUAUUUACAAAGCGGCGGUUGAGCAGCUGACUGAGGAGCAGAAGAAUGAAUUCAAGGCAGCUUUUGAUAUCUUUGUGCAGGAUGCUGCAGAUGGGUGCAUCAGUACCAAGGAGCUGGGUAAAGUAAUGCGCAUGUUGGGUCAGAACCCAACACCAGAGGAACUGCAGGAGAUGAUUGAUGAAGUGGAUGAAGAUGGCAGUGGUACUGUUGACUUUGAUGAGUUCUUGGUCAUGAUGGUGAGAUGCAUGAAAGAUGAUAGUAAAGGAAAAUCAGAAGAAGAACUGGCAGACCUGUUUCGAAUGUUUGAUAAAAAUGCUGAUGGUUACAUUGACAUUGAUGAAUUAAAGAUGAUGCUGGAAGAAACAGGUGAAUGCAUCACUGAAGAUGACAUAGAGGAGCUAAUGCGGGAUGGUGACAAAAAUAGUGAUGGAAGAAUAGAUUAUGAUGAAUUCUUGGAGUUCAUGAAAGGUGUUGAGUAA